UCCAGAUUGUAGUGUCGUGUUAGCGUGUCGCACGUGGUUGCGCUUGUUUUUCGGCAGCCAGUGGGCCGUUUUCCAAGCGGUAUCAAAUUAUGGGAAAUGCCAAGAAGACCAAGAGGCGACAUCGCCAAACGUACAGCGCCAACCACAAGAAGAAGAUGAAAAAGAAGCUGAAGCGCCAAGUGAAGAUCAAGAGCACGCUCAUAAAACAAGCCUGGGAGGAAAACAAAGGCAUUUUCGACAACAUGCGUGACAUGGGCCUCGCAGCGGACGCAAACAAGGCUAUCCCCAUGGAUGUCGAUGCUCAACCGACGACCAAAGGCAAGCGAAAAGCACCCGCUCCGAAGGCGCACGUCGUGGCACAGCUUGAAGCUCAUGCCUCUGAACCUAGGCCCAGCACGCUGCGAAUGUCCGGCGAUGACGUCAAAUUCUGCGUCUACAUGUUGGAGAAGUACGGCGAGGACUACGCUGCCAUGGCCAGAGAUCGCAAGAACCACUUCCAAGAUACACCUGCCCAGAUCAGGCAGAAGAUAAACACCUUCAAGAAGAUACCCGAGCAGUGGAACGCUUACAUGCGGGCUAAAGAGCUCGCAUGAGUGAUUGG